UGAGCCGAGCAUCCACGAGCUGUCCCCUCCUGCGUUUAACCAAGCGAUACCUUUCCCGAUUUCUUUGUUUGGUGGUGACCUUCGGCAACACGGGAAGCGAUGAAACGUCCGGUCGAUGACAUCGUCGUGCCCUUGGCUUCUUCCUCCACCGUUGCUGCGCCUUCGAAGCCGGUGUUCUUAACAAAAGCUCAACGCGAACAAUUGGCCCUUCAACGACGCCAAGAAGAAAUCACAGAACAAAGACGCCGUCAGGAACAGCUGCUUUCUCGGAACCGCCCAUCCGACCCGAACCCCGAGUCUAAACCCUCCGAUUCCGACCGACGCGACCGCGACCGAGAACGCGAUCGUGACCGCGAUCGUGACCGGGAUAGAGAGCGGGAGCGCGACCGUGAGCGCGAGCGAGAUAGGGCUCGCGAUCGGGACCGUGAAACAGAACGUAGGAACCGCGAGAGGGAGCGUGAAGAGGAGGCUAAGACCCGCGAGCGUGCUCGGAUGGAGAAAUUGGCAGAGCGGGAGCGUGAGAAAGAGCUUGAAGCGAUCAAGGAGCAGUAUCUUGGAUCAAAGAAGCCUAAGAAGCGGGUCAUCAAACCCAGUGAGAAGUUUCGGUUUUCCUUCGACUGGGAGAACACGGAGGAUACUUCUCGUGACAUGAACACACUUUACCAGAACCCUCAUGAAGCGCAGCUUCUCUUUGGUCGAGGCUUUCGUGCUGGCAUGGACCGGCGUGAGCAGAAAAAGCUCGCUGCCAAGAAUGAGAAGGAGAUGCGUGAACAGAUCCGGAAGAAGGAGGGGGUGGAGGAGAAGCCCGAAGAGGCCGUUGCACAACGGCGAAAGGAGGCUGCUGCUGACCUCUAUGACACCUUUGACAUGAGAGUUGACCGUCAUUGGAGCGAGAAGAAGCUUGAGGAGAUGACUGAGAGGGAUUGGCGUAUAUUUAGGGAGGAUUUCAACAUUUCCUACAAGGGUUCUAAAAUUCCUCGUCCAAUGCGUAGCUGGGUUGAGAGUAAGCUGAGUCCUGAGCUAUUGAAGGCGGUUGAGAAGGCUGGGUACAAGACCCCUUCUCCCAUUCAGAUGGCUGCCAUUCCUCUUGGCCUUCAGCAGCGUGAUGUUAUUGGCGUUGCCGAGACUGGUUCAGGGAAGACUGCUGCUUUUGUGCUUCCCAUGCUGAGUUACAUCACAAGGCUUCCUCCCAUGAGUGAAGAGAAUGAGGCUGAGGGUCCCUAUGCUGUUGUCAUGGCACCUACUCGUGAACUUGCACAGCAGAUUGAGGAUGAGACGGUGAAGUUUGCUCAAUAUCUCGGGAUCAAAGUGGUUUCCAUUGUUGGUGGACAGUCAAUUGAAGAGCAAGGUUUUAAGAUAAGGCAAGGUUGCGAAAUUGUAAUUGCGACUCCCGGUCGAUUGAUUGAUUGCCUGGAGAGGCGUUAUGCUGUCCUAAAUCAGUGCAAUUAUGUUGUUCUGGAUGAGGCUGACCGCAUGAUUGAUAUGGGAUUUGAGCCUCAAGUUAUGGGUGUCCUGGAUGCAAUGCCUUCCAGCAAUCUGAAACCAGAAAAUGAAGAUGAAGAGCUUGAUGAGAAGAGGAUUUAUAGAACCACUUAUAUGUUCAGUGCCACCAUGCCUCCUGCUGUUGAGCGGCUUGCCAGGAAAUAUUUAAGGAAUCCUGUUGUGGUAACCAUAGGCACUGCAGGAAAGGCUACUGAUUUGAUCAGCCAGCAUGUGAUUAUGAUGAAGGAAUCUGAGAAAUUUUACAAACUGCAACGUUUACUUGAUGAACUUAAUGACAAGACAGCAAUUGUAUUUGUUAACACUAAGAAAAAUGCUGAUAUGGUUGCAAAGAAUUUGGACAGGGAAGGCUACCGUGUAACCACUUUGCAUGGUGGCAAGUCACAGGAGCAGAGGGAGAUUAGUCUUGAAGGAUUUAGGACCAAAAGAUAUAAUGUCUUGGUUGCUACUGAUGUUGCAGGGCGUGGGAUUGACAUACCUGAUGUGGCUCAUGUCAUAAAUUAUGACAUGCCUGGAAAUAUUGAGAUGUACACACAUCGUAUUGGACGUACUGGUCGUGCAGGGAAGACUGGUGUGGCCACAACGUUCCUGACUCUUCAAGACAGUGAUGUUUUUUAUGACCUCAAACAGAUGCUUAUACAGAGUAAUAGUCCUGUUCCUCCUGAAUUGGCGAGACACGAGGCUUCAAAAUUCAAGCCAGGAACUAUUCCUGAUAGACCACCUAGACGAAACGACACUGUAUUUGCACACUGAAAACUUAGUUGUUUGAAUAGGCAGUUCCAAAAGGGAGCACUGGCUUUGUGGGUGAUAAGAAGUGUUUUAGAUCGUUAAACAGCUUGCCAGUGAAGCUAUGGGGGCAAAAUCUGCUUUUUGUAGACGUGUGAUGAUGUAUUUAAUUUAAUCAUAACUAUCCUUAAGUCCUGGUAA